AUGCGCCCAUCUCACUUCCUCGCCGCGGUCGCCCGCACCCGGCCAUCCACGCUGAAGAAGCCUGCCGUCAGCCUCGACCAUUUUAUCCAACGACAGCGGGUCCUGUCAUUCUGGCGGGAAAUCGUCCGAGCACUCAUCAAGGUUCCACCAUCCUCCACGAGAACCGAGCUGCGAAAUUAUGCGCGGUCCGAGUUCGAGCGCCAUCGCGAAUUGACUGAUCUGACGGGCAAAUCAGAGUUCCAGACCAUGAAGCGUUAUAUUGAUGAACAGGUCGCUGGAUGA